AGUAUUGUAUGUGACGAAAUGAGAAAAAAGAGCAGAGGAUCAUCAGAAAGUAAAAUUAUUGCCUACACCAUUAUUAUCGUCCGAUUUUGACAACGUAACCACAUAAUUUGCAAGAUGCCUCGUAAGCCAAGCAGAUUUGACAGAAAAGCUUCAAAGAAAAAGCGGCUAUGUUACCCCCAAGAGAAUGUAGCUCUCGCUUUAAAGGACCUACGUAAGGGCGAAAGAAUAUGUCAGCUUGUGCGCAAGUAUGGGAUUCCAGCGUCGACGAUACGGGCCAAGAGCUCGGGCCUUCAUUCGGACAAACCUGGACCUACUUCUAUAUUCACCGCUGCUGAGGAGAAGCGCAUAGCUGAUUGGAUUUUUCAUCAGAGCGCCGAGGGCUUCAAUAUUACCAAAACUCAUUUACUCGAAUGCGUGCGGAUGCUCUGCAUCAAAACGCAGAGAAAGAAUCCGUUUCCUAACAACGUACCAGGACGCUCCUGGUAUGAGAAUUAUCUGAAACGAUUUCCCAAGCUCGCAGUAAAGAUUGCCGAAAAUUUUGCAGCCAGCAGACUUACAUUUUCCAAGGAUAAGCUAAGCCAAUGGUUUCGAAAUGUUUCUAGUUACCUUUGCAAGAAGGGUGUCGCUGACCUUGGGCCGGAAAGAAUUUUCAAUUGUGCUGAUAUAGAGCUUCCGCUGCAUCCACAUUCAGUGAAAGAUCAAACAAGAAACAAAAAACCAAAUAGUAGUGAUGACAAGGAAAGUGUCAGCGUUCUGUUUACUUGUAACGCUACAGGCAAACUUGCUCCAACAUUAAUUUUGUUGGCUGGAGAAGCUCUGCCAAUUAAAGUAGCUGCAGCUGACUCAAAAGACUAUGUGAUUGGAUUUUCGGAAAAUGGCACUGUACUAGCUCCAAAUUUUUAUGAAUUUAUAACAAAAAUUUUCGAACCAUGGCUAAAAAAAAAUAACACUCAACUUCCAGUAAUUAUAUACAUCGACGGCCAUUCACCAUUUUUAAACUUUUAUUUGACUGAUUUCUGCUCUGCAAAUGGAAUAGUACUUGUACCCCUUUACAAUAAUGCUUUGCAUAUAAUACAACCCUUGGAUGUAGCUUUCUUUGAAACAUUUAAAUCCCAAUGGAUAGAAAUGUGUGAAGAAUUUUUCAUUGGAAUGCACCAAUAUCAAGUUGCUUCUCUAGUGAAAAGAAUUCUAAAUUCGAUAUGCAUUUCUGAUAUAUUACAAGAGGGAUUCAGAAAAUGUGGAUUAAAUCCUUUUGAUAUCAAUGCUGUGGAUUUUCUGAAAAACAAGAAAAAAAAACAAAAUCUAUCAAAACCCCGAUUAAUUUAUGAUCUUGAAAUAUCAAACAGAAAAGCCGAAUUGACACAAAAUUGUUUACUGUCUGAUUUUGAGAAGUUCUUAUCUCAACAUCAAAUACAAUUAUUUAGAGCAAAUGACGAUCCAAUUUGGAAAGGAGAAACCAAAUAUGAAGCACUUUUCAAUAUAUGGUACAAAUUAUCGCAAUUUCACAAUUUUACUUCAAAUAACUCUAUAUUGACUAACGAUGAAUCAAAUAAUUCCGAAACAUCCUGUGAUUUAUCAAGUAUUUGUCAAUCGUUAAAUGAUGUUUCCGACGCUUAUGAAGAUUCUAAAAGUAUUUCUCAUUUUGCUAAUAACAUCCCUGACAUUUGUGAGUUUAUUACAGCAUCAACAAACAAUGAAGAAGUAUUGAUGCUGACAAGUAACAGAGAGGUAGACAUGACGGAAAAUAUCAAUAUAACAGAUUUGGAUUUGGAUGAAAUACUCAAACAUACCUUUCAUGACUCCAACACUUUUCUGGUGAUUCAACAUAGUUGACGAUAACAUAAAAAAAGAUUUUGCUUCAGUGUUAUUUAAUUCACUAAAAUUAUUAAUGUUCCUUUUGAUGUGCCUAUUUAAAAAAUGUCAUUUGAUACAAGUAAAAUCAUUCCUUAAACACAAUUUAAAAAGUAACUCAAGCUUUACAACUAAUUCAACUCCGAAGUGUAGUUGUUAAUGCAAACAUUUAUGUACAUACUGUACAACUGUUUGUCAAAGAAAACGUUUAAAUUUUAAACAAAUUGGAACCAUCUCUCUAAAAAAAAAAGAAAAACAUUUGAUUUGCCCUUUACAAAUAAGAAAACGACUCGUAAGUGUUCAGUAAAAAAAACC